GAUUUUGGAAAAAGUUUAGAAUUUGUGAAUUUGAUUUGGAUUGACGCUAUCGUGAUACGAACUCUCUUGUUCUGAAUCCCUCAACUCAUAUCAUUCAAUCAAUCAAUCAAGCUCAGCUAUCAUCCAACCAGGGACUUAAGUAACACAGGAUAGGUUGUACUAAUCUGUUACAGCAAUAGCCUUAUGUUCCAUCCCACAAUUUAGCCAAUCCACACACCAAAAUAUUCUGUCACCAAAAAUUAUGCUGCCAAAUUUUGUCUCAACUUCAAAUUCAUAAACUAAAAAAAGACAACAACAACGACAACAUUCAUUCUAUCUAUCUAUCAAUCAAUCAAAGUUAUCGAAUCAAAUCAAUCCAUUCAUUCGUCCUGUCAUCAUAAAUGGCCAGCGGCAAUAAUAUUGAGAAACCAAAACCAUUAAAGGUGUUUGGUAGAACUCAUUACGCCUGUACAAGAUGUAAAUUAUCUAAAAUAAAAUGUUCUGGUGAAAAACCAGCUUGUUCUAAUUGUAAAAGUAUCAAUAAACCUGAUGCCUGUAUUUACCCUACUAAAGAUAGAAAAAUAGUCAUCAUGGAAAGUGAUCUAAAUAAACUUCAUGAUCGAGUAGAAUACCUUGAAUUAUUACUUAAACAACAAGAUCAACAACAACAACAACAACAACAACAACAAAAUCAACCUCAUCAACGUAUACCUCAACCACAACUUUUACAUUUUUCCAAUCAAUAUGCCCUUCAUUCAUCAAGUCUAUCAUCAGGCUCCAGUUCAACCGCUUCAACCCGUACUUUACCAUCUUUAACUGCCUCUACAUCCGCCUCGGCUACCAAUUCUUCAUUUCCAUCAAAUACAUUCACAAAUGAUAUAAUAUCGAAUAAUGUUAUCUUUGAAGAUUUCUAUUCUCAAUUAAAUUCAAAGAAUGAUUCUUUAAAAUUGGAUCUAAUCAAACUUUGUUAUCAAAGAUUACCUGAAAAGGCUCUUGCUUUAAAGUUUGUCAACCGCGUAUAUACUUCAUAUUCAACUGAAUUCUAUCUUAUCGAUAUAGUUGAAGUUCAUGAUAUAAUCGAUCGGGUUUAUGCGGUGUUGGCCCUGUUUAAUGCAUCUCAAACUACUAUCCCAUUUGAUUCUCAUACUCAUAUAUGUCAAUUAUCAUUAUGUUAUAUAUUUAUAAUAUUUGCCUUCGGUGAACAAUUAUUAUCAGUUAGUAAUCCAUCCACUAAUUCAUUAGAAAGUUAUCCUGGAAUUCAAUAUUAUUUAUUAUCUGAACAUCUUUUCCCAUUAACACGAGAAAGUGUUGAAUUUAAAUUCAUUCAAACCGCUUUAUUAUUAGGAUUUUAUACCGCCAAUUUAAAUCGUUAUAAUACAGUUUACAACUAUUUAGGAGUGGCAGCUAGAUCCGCAGUAUCUCAAGGAUUUCAUCGUCAGUCAUUAAAUAAAUCAACUGAUCCUGUCUUUGCAGAAAAAGCCAAAAGAUUAUGGUGGUCCGUAUUCGUAAUCGAUACAACUUGGGCUACUAAAACUGUUCAUUUCCAAUAUACUGAUACUGAUGUAGAUUUGCCAACGGAGAAUUAUCUUGAUUUAAAUGAUAAUUUUAAUAGUAACAUCUUAGAAGUGAAUGUUCAUUUAACUAAAUAUGUGGCUAAGUUUGUUCGAUUAAUCUAUGGACCAAAUAUUAGAACUUUUUCAAUCAAUUAUAUUAAUACUAGUCAAUUCAAUCAAAAAUUAUUAUUAAAAAACAUUAUUAACUCAUCCAAUGAUUUAAUUAAGAACUUUGAAAAUACUUUAUUAUCCCAAUUUUCCAAUAUAAAUAUUAUCACUGAUGAUGGCAAUCGUAAUUUAACUAAUCUUUUCUUAAGAUAUCAUCAAUUAAUCAUAUUGAUAACCAAGCCAUUAUUAUCAUUAAUAUUCGAUCCAUUGUUUAAUUUCUCAACUUCAAGUGAUAAUUUAAGCUCUAAUGAUGUGAAUUCCGCUAUUUCAAAGGGAUUACUCACUAGUUGUGGUACCAUAGAUCUUAUUUCUCAUUUAUACUUGAAUAAUAGAUUGUUCAUGCUUGGUUAUUGGGAUAGUCAACAUUUAUUAUCAGCUUUGAUAUUUUUAAUCAUAAUUUCUUGUAUCAAUAAUUCAGCUUCUAAUGAAAAGAUUCCUCAACCCCAAUUCAUCCAAAUUAAUAAAGCCACUUCAUUAUUAAAAUUCAUGGCUGAUAGAGGAAAUAUUAAUGCUCGUACUUGUUUUGAUAAAGUUGUUCAAAUUAAUAAUUUAUUAAUUAAUAGUUCACCAUAUAUAAAUUUCCAAUUAAAUUUAUCAAUUACGGUGGAUGAUAUUCCAUUGAACAAUCCUAAUGAUAAUAAUGCUUACAAUCCGUUGGUUACAUCACCUUUGAAUUCAAGUAGAAAGACAAUAGAAGAUAUUAAUCAUUCAUCCCUGUUUAAUUAUUUACCCCCUACAUCACCACAAGCAACAUCAUCAACCACCUCAUCUCAAUCACCUCAACAUCAACAGAGUUUACCUUCCGUUCCUGAAUCUUUGAAAGGAGCUCUCUUUAAACUCAUCAAUGAAAUUCAAAGCUGGAACUAAGGAACACUCGUAUAUUUUUAUCAUGGUUGCAAAAAAGAACAGAAACACAAAAAAACUUAAAAACAAAGAUCCUGUAUUAUACAUAUAUACAUAAGAUAUAUGAUUAUCUUAUUUAUUUAUUAGUUUACGAUAGUUUAUAUUAUGUAAUUUAUUAAUCAACGGC